GUACCAAGCAUCCACCAAGCCUCACCCCCCUCUCUCCCUCUUUGCAAUUCUAGUUUGAGUAGUGAAGAAAGGCAAUGGCCAUGGCGACGCUCCCGGCAUUCUCCCUCCUCGUGUCGGCGAUCUUCGGUUUGUGCCUCCGAGGUGCUUUUGCCGACUAUGGCGGGUGGAAUAGUGCGCACGCCACCUUCUACGGGGGCGGCGAUGCGUCCGGCACCAUGGGGGGUGCUUGCGGGUACGGCAACUUGUACAGCCAGGGCUAUGGGACCAACACCGCAGCCCUCAGCACCGCCCUGUUCAACGACGGCCUGAGCUGCGGGUCCUGCUACGAGAUGAAGUGCAACGACGACCCCCAGUGGUGCCUCCCCGGGACCAUCACCGUCACCGCCACCAACUUCUGCCCUCCGAACAACGCCCUCGCCAACGACGACGGCGGCUGGUGCAACCCCCCGCUCCAGCACUUCGAUAUGGCCGAGCCCGCGUUCCUCCAAAUCGCCCAAUACCGAGCCGGGAUCGUCCCCAUUUCCUUCAGAAGGGUCCCUUGCGCGAAGAAAGGAGGCGUAAGGUUCACGAUCAACGGUCACUCCUACUUCAAUCUGGUGCUGAUCACGAACGUGGCCGGAGCAGGGGAUGUGCACUCGGUGUCGAUCAAGGGCUCGAAGACCGGGUGGCAGACCAUGUCCAGGAACUGGGGCCAGAACUGGCAGAGCAACUCCUACCUCAAUGGCCAGUCUCUCUCCUUCCAAGUCACCACCAGCGAUGGCAGGACCAUCACCAGCUACGACGUCGUGCCCUCCAACUGGCAAUUCGGCCAGACUUUUGCAGGUGGCCAGUUCUGAAAACCAACAGAACUGGUAUCAAAAUGGGAAGCUGGUGAAAACAGAGCAGGGUUAGGAGAAAUUGAAUGUUUUGGCCAUUUUGGGCCGUCUAUUGCUGAGGUGGCUUUUGGGCACCCGCUAGGAAUUUAAUUAUAUAUACGAUCUAUAUAUAUAUACAUAGAUAUAGAAAAGAAGUGUUUGUGAGUUUGCAGAGACCAGGGAUCGAAAUCAAGACAGGAACAGAGGGGGUAUUCUUGGUUGCCUCUGGAUUGAGUUAAGACCAUGGAUAUCACUGUGAGGGUCUGUAGAUUGUAAUUCCCCAAUUGGAUUUGGAUUUGGAUUUGGAUUUGGACAACUUUUUAAUGAUAUCUACUCGCAUUGAUGAUUG